AUGGCUGCUUCAGCGAGAUCUGCUUCCUGCUGGGAGGGAUGUGAGGGUGGAGAAACCUGGAUUGAAGCUGAAUGGCAACCAGAGUGCUGGAAAACUGAACCAGAAGGCAAGAAUGAGGACAGAAUCAGAGCACCUUGGAAUAGAUGUGAGAAGACUCUGCUCUGGGAAAAGCUGCCCUGGAGAGCCAUGGCUGCCGCCCCUCAUCUCAACUCUGAUGCACUGCGAGAGGUCCUGGAGUGCCCCAUUUGCAUGGAGUCCUUCACCGAGGAGCACCUGAGACCCAAGCUCUUACACUGUGGGCACACCAUCUGCAAACAGUGCUUGGAGAAGCUCCUGGCAAACAGCAUUAAUGGGAUCCGGUGCCCCUUCUGCAGCAAAAUUACACGGAUCACAAGCUUAGCUCAGCUGACUGACAACCUGACUGUGCUGAAAAUCAUAGACACCACUGGACUGGGGGAAGCAGUGGGUCUUCUCAUGUGCAAGGUCUGUGGGAGAAGGUUGCCAAGACACUUCUGCAAGAGCUGUAGCUUGGUUUUAUGUGAGCCCUGCAAGGAGUCAUCGCACAUGCCUCAAGGACAUAGAGUUGUUGCUAUCAAAGAGGCUGCUGAGGAGCGUAGGAGGGAAUUUGGGACGAGGCUUGCCAGACUUCGGGAGCUCAUGGGUGAUCUGCAGAAAAGAAAAGCAUCUCUGGAGGGUGUUUCAAGAGACCUGCAGUCUAGAUACAAAGCAGUUCUGCAAGAUUACAGCAAAGAAGAGCGCAAGAUCCAGGAGGAACUGGUCAGGUCACGCAAGUUCUUCACCAGCUCUUUGUCAGAAGUGGAGAAGGUAAAUAAUCAGGUCAUGGAGGAGCAAGCUUAUCUGCUGAACUUAGCAGAAGUGCAGAUAAUGUCUCGCUGUGACUAUUUCCUUGCCAAAAUCAAGCAGGGAGAUAUAGCUCUCUUGGAGGAGGCAGCAGAUGAGGAAGAACCAGAACUGACAAACAGUCUUCCAAGGGAGCUGACUCUUCAAGAGGUUGAACUCCUGAAGGUGAGCCACGUGGGACCACUGCAGAUUGGGCAGGUGGUGAAGAAACCCCGCACUGUCAAUGUGGAGGAAUCCCUCAUGGAAACUGCAGCAUCCUCAUCGGCAUCAUUCAGGGAGCCUGACUUGGUGCAAGAGGAGCCCAGCUGCACACCCAGUUCCUCCCCAGCCAAGCCAAGGAUGCCUGAAGCAGCCACAAGCAUUCAGCAGUGUCACUUCAUCAGGAAGAUGGGCUCCAAGGGCAGCCUGCCAGGGAUGUUUAACCUCCCUGUCAGCCUACAUGUCACCCUGCAGGGCGAGGUGCUUGUGGCAGACAGAGGCAACUUCCGAAUCCAGGUUUUUACCCGCAAGGGCUUCCUAAAGGAGAUUCGCCGGAGCCCCAGCGGCAUUGACAGCUUUGUCUUGAGUUUCCUUGGAGCAGACUUACCCAAUUUGACACCCCUUUCUGUCACCAUGAACUGCCACGGCCUGAUAGGUGUGACUGACAGCUACGAUAACUCAGUCAAGGUCUACACUAUGGAUGGCCAUUGCGUGGCCUGUCACCGGAGCCAGCUAAGCAAGCCCUGGGGCAUCGCUGCUCUGCCUUCGGGGCAGUUCGUAGUCACUGAUGUGGAAGGAGGCAAACUCUGGUGUUUCACAGUGGACCGUGGCGUGGGGGUAGUGAAGUACAGUUGCUUAUGUAGUGCAGUGCGCCCCAAGUUUGUCACCUGCGAUGCUGAAGGGACCAUAUACUUCACCCAGGGGCUGGGGCUUAACCUGGAGAACCGGCAGUACGAGCACCAUUUAGAAGGAGGCUUUUCAAUCGGCUCUGUUGGCCCAGAUGGGCAGCUGGGACGCCAGAUUAGCCACUUCUUCUCUGAGAAUGAGGAUUUCAGGUGCAUUGCUGGGAUGUGUGUCGAUGCCAGGGGAGACCUCAUUGUUGCUGACAGCAGCCGCAAAGAAAUCCUGCAUUUUCCUAAAGGAGGGGGCUAUAACAUCUUAAUCCGUGAAGGACUCAUCUGCCCAGUUGGUAUUGCCAUUACUCCCAAAGGGCAGCUGUUGGUGCUGGACUGUUGGGAUCAUUGCAUUAAGAUCUACAGUUACCACCUGAGAAGAUAUUCCACCCCUUAA